UCGAUUAACGCCUGCGAGGAUGAUGCCGUUCAGGGGUGGCGUCGCAAGCUCUUCUUCUACAUAUUGGAAACAUUCCAACCUCAAUUGAUCAUGGACUACUACCCGCCCCAGGCAUCGCGACGUCACAACCCGGUGGACAGCAUCUGCCGCAAACUUCUGACCAACCAGUGGCGCGGUGACCGAGAGCCCAAUAGCCCCUUCCAAAUCCCCAAGCUGUCUUCCAGCAGCUACGAUAGCCCCCAGUGCGGCCUCAGGCGCAAGAUGGAGGCCAUCAUGAGGAAAGGGAUCCACGGGAGCAAGGAGAAAAGUGACGGAAUACUGAACUCGGCGCCAUCCCACAAGAGCAACUUCCCAUCAUUCACUCCUUCCACACCAGCAGGCAAAACCUCUUCUAACACCACAUACACCAUCACAAGUACCCUUGGGGAGAGCAAAGGUGUUGAUAGAAGUGCAAUAAAACCAUUCAGGACCUGGCAGAAGUAUUGCUCCACUCCCACGGGACAGGACAAAGACUCCCCGUACUUCACGGUCACCCGAGACGGGCCCCAUUCGGCACAGCCCGAGAGCGGAAGCGGUGAGCCCGCUCUCUCUCGCACCUUCACCCCAAUUCACAGCACCGUCUCUUAUGACCUUAACUUCAGCCCUGCCGACACGGGGAGCUCCAUAGAGGGCGAGCUGUCCUACCCGGCUCUGGUUGUCAGAAAACUGUCGCUGGGAGAUGGAGGAAACACGGCGGCCUCUGAGAGCAAAAACAUGGCAGAAGUCAGCCUCAUCUGCGAGGAGAAUCUCCUCGACACCAUCUUCCAUGCUUGUGACACACAACGACGAGGUAAGGUGUACGUGUCUCACAUUGUGGACUUCUUGCGGCACACCACCAGCCGCACCUCCGAGGACAAAGGCCUGGAGGAGCUCUGCAACAUGCUCGAUCCCGAACGCAAAGACGUUUCCAUCGACCUGGACACGUAUCACGCUGUCAUGAGGGAGUGGAUUGACGACUGCCGCAACAACGGUGAAGGACCAUCAGAAUAUCCCGCCGAGGACUCAGCUAGAACAAGAGACAGCAUUUCUGCCAGGAGGUCCAUGCUGCUCAAUAUGACCUCGGGAAGCUUGGAGGGCUUUGGAGGGGAUGCGUCAAGAGCAGAAUUUGAAACAUCAGAGCUCGUCUACUGCCUUGCCGACGUCCAAAUGAACAACCAGAAGCUCCAGGAGGAGGUGAGGAAGCUGAAACAGGCGGUGGAGGGGAUGGAGGAGAGCAACCAAAAGCUGGCGGAUGAGAACGAGGAGCUACGCAACCAGACCAGAGUUCACCAGCAGCUGAUCCACAAAGAGAAGAUGCUGCACAACGAAGUGGAGGAAAUGAAGGCCACUCUGAGCUGCACGGAGGAAGGCAGAGCUCGCGCCUCCGCGCGCAGCAAGCACGUGGAGAGAGAAAACCAAGAUCUCAUAGCAAAGAUUGCUUUACUCCAGGACGAGAACUUCAAGGUCAGCAUGGAGAUGGACGAGCUUCAGAAGAGAAUAGCGGAGCUGUGUGACAUUAACGCUGACCUUCAGGUGCAGAUUCACUCUUUCGAUACGGUUAUCACUGAAAAGGAAUCUCUUAUCCAAGAGAAGAGCAGACAGAUAGACGAGCUCAAGGCGGCAGUCGAGGAAUACUCCUCCAUCACGGAGUUACUAAGGGCCGACAAGAGCAAACUGGAGAGCCACAUGCAGGUGAUGCAUCAAGACCUUUUGAGCACUGGAGUCUCUCUUUCGGCAGCCUACAGGCUGAACCAGAGCGCGUCAGGAUCCCUGCAGACAGAGCUGGCUUUGGCUCAGUCACCACUGGAGUCUGUCUAUGGCUUUGACCAUUUACCCACCAAUGUGUGCUUUGCCUCGCCACUGGAUGAGACCCUGGACAGAGAGGUGCUGCUGAUGAUGCACGGACCCAGCCCUGAUAUCAUGGCUCUGGAGUUCCAGAAACUGCUGAACAAACUGAAGACCGAUUUCAGACAAGACACCAACACCGUUGUGUCCACGCUGAAAGCCUUACUAAGUGACCGCUCAAAACCAGGGGGCACCACAGACGCCAGUCUUGAGGCGGUACAGGUCGCACUUGAUGCGACAAGAGAAGACUGGGCCUUAAGCCUGGACCAGCUCGCGCAGUACACCGACUCCAUCGAGAAGGAGCUGGUCAAAAUGGCCAGUAAUGUGAGGAGGUCACGAACAGAGAUCCUGCACCUUUCAGUCAGGGUGCAGGAUCAGGAGAACCAGAAGCGGCAGCUCAGUGAGGAACUGGAGCAGCUCAAGACUUCUCAAGAUAGCAGAGAAGCCUCGUGCCAGACACCUGCACCAGAAGAAGAGACCGGGGAUGACCUGGAAUGGGAUGAGGAAUACGCCCUUCAAGAUUUCCUGAAAAAGGACAUGGCAGGGAGUAACGGUCAAGCGCGGGACGGAGGACUGGACAGCGGGCAGACGGAGGACGGGGACGAGAGGUGGACGGUGGUGAAUGGCGAAGGAGAAGCGGGGCACUCGUCCACUCCUGUGUCUGCCAAGCUCGAAGCUUCCCCGGAUGGACGGUGUCUGGCAGAAACUCCAGAGCGGAGAGCGAACCAUCAUUGUUUGCAGGACGAGGCAGCAGUACCGCCGGACGCCCCCUCACAAGCUGUCAGCUCCGAGCAGCCAGCGGCGGAUGCCCUGCCUGAUCCGUCCCACUCAGAGAGCCGCGGGGCAGAGACUAGAUUGGCUCAGUCUGAAGACGCCACUCAGAAUAUGAGCACCUUGUCUGAUCAGGACUCAACAAAGAUGCCUCCCACAACCAACAAUGAACCAGACGAUGUCACUCCUCCGAAUGAGAGCUCCGUCCAGCCGUCCGACGAGGGCCACGAGGGCCACGACGACGAGGGCGACGCGAGCAGCACAACGAGCCCGAGCCUGAACCAGUCUGCGCCGAGGCCGGCAACGGGGGACACCGCAAGUCCGCUUCCCGUGUUGGUUGAAGAAGAGGAGAGCGUGCGGGAGGGCAACGUCGCAGCUCCAACCGCGGAGGCCGGCAUGGCAGGGACCGAGCAGCUCACCAGCGCAAACGCCCCAACUGACGGUCGGCAGUCGAGCGUGUCCUCGGUACAAAACGGCCAAUCAGAGAGUGGCGCGACCUCAGGUUCAAGUAGAUUGGAAGACAAAAAGGGGAAACAUAAGAAAGAAUUGGAGGCGCAAGACGGGGACGCCGCAGAAUCCGCAAAGGUGGAGCAGGCCAAACAUGAAACGUGUGCAACCACUGAGAAAGAACGUGUCUUGUCAACCAUCUCUGACCAUUAUGAUUCAUCCAAAGAGGAUAAGCACAGCAGCCUGUCGGCCAAUGACAAGGAAAUCGAGUCCGAGUUCCAGCGUUUAGCUCUGGGCUUCAAGUGCGACAUGUUUACCUUAGAGAAGAGACUCCGGCUGGAGGAGCGCUCGCGUGAUCUGGCCGAGGAGAACGUCCGCAGGGAGGUGUCCAGCUGCCAGGGCUUGCUGCAGGCUCUGACUCCUCUAUGUGAGGAUGACACCCAGUCAAUGGAGAUCAUCCACAGGCUCCAGAAGAACCUGGACAUCCUCAUCCAGUCCAUGAGCAGAGUUUCAAGUCGCUCCGAGAUGCUCGGAGCCAUCCAUCAGGAGAGUCGCAUCGGCAAGGCAGUGGAAGUGAUGAUUCAACACGUGGAGAACCUAAGGCGGGUGUACACCAAGGAGCACGCCGAGCUGCUGGAGCUACGGGAGACGCUCAUGCAGAACGAGAGGUCCUUCGGGUCGCACUCGGACAGAGAUGAAUUCCGUGGCAAGAAGCCAUCGACGUCACAAUACUACAAGUCAUCAGCCCGGCGGGUUAGCAUAGCAGCAAUACCUCGUUCUGGCGGAGGCAACAUGCACUAUGACAUGACCAAACAACAGGAUGGUGCGGAAAGUGAAGCCGAAAGACUCACCAGGAGAUCCCCAUGGAAUGUGGCGGGAAAGAACAUGGCGCGCCCCCCACUUAAGCGCUUUGUUAGCUCUGCCGCCUGGGUUGACACGGAAGAGCCUUCCGUCGUGAUGAAGGGGACGGCGGCGCGCAGUCACUCCGACCCCCAGCCGGUGGACGAGCUGGAGGAAAUCGCGCCGGAGAGGAGGAGGUCCAGUCUCAGUGAGCUGGGCAGCAAACUCACCUCGCUCUUUCUGCCCCUCAAGACUGCCAGCUCCUCAUCCAGCCUGGCGUCUUCUGACCAAGGACUGUCCCAGUCUCUAGCCCACAGCCUGACAUCCACCCGGGCGACGGCAGCCGCGGUGGCCCGAGGCAGCAGGGGCCUCUGGCUUUGGUUAGCCAUGGUGCUCGUCCUCGUAGGUCUCCUGGCCCUGUUGGCCAGCCUGGUGAUGCAGCCCGCCGUCGACGCAGCCCCCGUGGGCACCGGGGACUCCUGGAUGACCAUCCAGCAGCUGCUCUGGCCUUACACGGGCCUGCGACACAAUGGACAGCCCCCAGUUUAGUCCCCUUGCCUCACUUUUGGACCUCGGGUAGACGGUGCUACGGCCGAUGGCCUUCUCCAGAUUUGCCCGUGCACUUGGGGAUGUUGGGGAUCGUGUGACGCACUGAGUAAAACGGUCGGACGGCGACUGACGAUUCCUCAGCCAGGGGGCUUGGCGGGGGACGGUGAAUCGUAACCCAUCAUGUUUGCCAAACUCGUCCGAAUCUCCGCGUGGAUGCCUGUGUUCCAAAAGAAGCCGUGGCGCUGACAACCUGUCGCGGCUGCUCGACGCGGUCGCUUUUGAACCAAACUUGCAUGUUGUCCGAUCAUGUUGUUGAGUGCACAUCCGCCGAACCAUACCGCAGCGCAUCGUUCACGGACAGCUUUAUAAACCCCACGUCAUGCACUUGAAAGGUAACUGCUCUUUUAUUUAAUGUCCCUGGCAGACAUUUUAUAACUUUUUCAAGUUGAUCAACACUGGUAAUAAAACGUUAAGUGUUUUUAAAACUAUAUUUGUGACUACUUUUGAAGUGAUAUGUGAAUUUAUUUAACUUUGACAGUCUUAAAACGCAAGCUAUUUUUUUCUCCACCCCAAGCCCCCUUUUUGUUUUUUGUUUUUGUUUUGUUUUUUUUUUUUUGCUGUGGUUGUCACCCUUUUCAACUUUUGUAUGUUCCAAAGAUGGUUGAAACUUUGCAUAAAUAAAGUAGCCAGUCCUACAA